UGAAGGUCAACCUCUUUUAAUCCAAAGCUAGCUUUUGUAAAAAUAUUUAUCGCAUAAUAAUUCUUUAAUCUCUAGAACUAUAUUGCUGACUGUGAGCAUUUAGAAACAGACAGAGAUUUCAACACGACAGAAUUCACAUGAAACGGUUUAGUCUCGAUUUUACAGACAGGAAUUCAUUACAGGUUCCCUCUAGGAGAUUGGAAGAGGACAAAGUGAAAGUAGACGUUGCAGCAGCAGGAUGCCACACCAAGGUCGACUAUAUACUGAGGGACAUAGAGCAAGGAAUGGUGAACGCAUGGAAGUCUGUGUUUCCUGACGCCUAUAAAAAUGUUCAAAUUUCCUGUGGUGAUAUUUUUAAAGAGGCCCCUGCUGCCCAUGCCUUAGUGUCCCCAACAAAUAGCUUUGGUUUUAUGGACAUAGGAAUUGACAUGGUGUACUCCAAGCACUUUGGAUGGCAAAUGCAGGAACGCUUACAAAAAGUAAUUCGAGAAGAGCAUGAUGGUGAAAUUUUAGUUGGGCAAGCUGUAAUUAUUCCAGCCUACGAUGAGCAGGUGCCCCCUAAAGAGGAGGAUCUAAAAGGGUGUAAUGAGGAAAUCCCCAUCAAGUACCUGAUUUCAGCCCCAGCCAUGAGGGUGUCCCAGUGUGUAGAAAAAACAGUGAAUGCUUAUUUGGCAUUUAGAGCUGUCAUUUUAGCUGUACAGAAACACAAUAAGAAGAACCCUGAUGACAAGAUUUUCAGUGUGCUGUGUCCAGGUAUGGGGACCACGUUAGGAAUGAUGGAUUACCAGUACAAACAAUGUGCACAACAGAUGUGUUUGGCUUAUGAGACACAUGAACUGAAGCUUCCACAACACAGGUUUAGAGUGUGUCCAGAGAGUCUGUGGUCCAUGAACAAUGAUCACACAAAGAUGGUGGAGAUUGCAGAUGAACAUGAUGCAUCACCAUUGCCAGAUUCUAACCAAGCUUUUAAAUAUUGACAUCUAGAAGAUUAAAUAUGGAUACAACUAUAGAGAAACAAUAAAUAUUUAUUCAGUGGCAAAAAAACCCCAAUAUCUUACCAAAUUAUACAUGCCCAGAAGCAAUAAAGUAUAUUAUUUGUUAAAAUUUUGUUUAAAUAACUGACAUCAUCAAUAAUUAUUUAACAUAGUU